GCCUCUCCCCAGCUGCUGCGCAUGCUUUGGCAGACGUGGCACCGGGAACUCGGAGGCGGGGAGCGGCUGGGAAGUGGCCGUGGUGGUUGGCCGCGGUGGAGCUAGCAGGCGGGCGGGCGGGAGCGGGCGCCGGAGUGGAGAAAGGAGCCAGCGGUGGGCAGCGCUGCUGGGAUGGCGCAGGCCGGGCCGGCGUGGCUGCUGCUGGCAAUCUGGGUGGUCCUGCCAUCAUGGCUGUCCUCUGCAAAGGUCUCCUCGCUCAUUGAGAGAAUCUCUGACCCCAAGGACUUGAAAAAACUGCUCAGAACCCGGAAUAAUGUACUGGUGCUUUACUCCAAAUCUGAGGCGGCAGCUGAAAAUCAUCUCAGGUUACUGUCCACAGUGGCCCAGGUGGUGAAAGGACAAGGGACCAUCUGCUGGGUGGACUGUGGUGAUGCAGAGAGUAGAAAAUUGUGCAAGAAGAUGAAAGUUGACCUGAGCCCGAAGGACAAAAAGGUCGAAUUAUUCCAUUACCAGGAUGGUGCAUUUCAUACUGAAUAUAACCGAGCUGUGACAUUUAAGUCCAUAGUGGCCUUUUUGAAGGAUCCAAAAGGGCCCCCACUGUGGGAGGAAGAUCCUGGAGCCAAAGAUGUUGUCCACCUUGACAGUGAAAAGGACUUCAGACGGCUCCUGAAGAAGGAAGAGAAGCCGCUCUUGAUCAUGUUUUAUGCCCCCUGGUGCAGCAUGUGCAAGAGGAUGAUGCCGCAUUUCCAGAAGGCUGCGACUCAGCUGCGGGGCCACGCCGUGCUGGCCGGGAUGAAUGUCUACUCCUCUGAAUUUGAAAACAUCAAGGAGGAGUACAGCGUGCGCGGCUUCCCCACCAUCUGCUAUUUUGAGAAAGGACGGUUCUUGUUCCAGUAUGACAACUAUGGGUCCACAGCUGAGGACAUUGUGGAGUGGCUGAAGAAUCCGCAGCCGCCACAGCCCCAGGUCCCUGAGACUCCCUGGGCAGAUGAGGGCGGCUCCGUUUAUCACCUGACCGAUGAAGACUUUGACCAGUUUGUGAAAGAACACUCCUCUGUCCUCGUCAUGUUCCACGCCCCAUGGUGUGGCCACUGUAAGAAAAUGAAGCCGGAGUUUGAGAAGGCAGCAGAAGCCCUCCAUGGAGAAGCGGAUAGCUCUGGUGUCCUUGCAGCUGUCGAUGCCACUGUCAACAAGGCCCUGGCAGAAAGAUUCCACAUCUCAGAGUUUCCUACGUUGAAGUAUUUUAAGAAUGGAGAGAAAUACGCAGUGCCCGUGCUCAGGACAAAGAAGAAGUUUCUCGAGUGGAUGCAAAACCCUGAGGCCCCCCCGCCCCCAGAGCCCACGUGGGAAGAGCAGCAGACAAGCGUGUUGCACCUGGUGGGGGACAACUUCCGGGAGACCCUGAAGAAGAAGAAACACACCUUGGUCAUGUUCUACGCCCCUUGGUGCCCACACUGUAAGAAGGUCAUUCCGCACUUUACUGCUACUGCUGAUGCCUUCAAAGAUGACCGAAAGAUUGCCUGUGCCGCUGUUGACUGUGUCAAAGACAAGAACCAAGACCUGUGCCAGCAGGAGGCGGUCAAGGGCUACCCCACUUUCCACUACUACCACUAUGGGAAGUUCGCAGAAAAGUAUGACAGCGACCGCACAGAAUUGGGAUUUACCAAUUAUAUUCGAGCCCUCCGGGAGGGAGACCAUGAAAGACUAGGGAAAAAGAAGGAAGAGUUAUAAUUCCUGCCUCAUAAAAAGCUUUUCCAUUACACUGUGAAUGAUACCUGUUUUGUUGUUUCUGAAUUUCCACAUGUUCUGAAGACAAAUUUUUUAUAGCCGCUUAUGGCCAUUUUGUACAAUUUUGAAAUAAAAUUAAACCAUGUA